AUGCCUACUGGCCAGCCUAAGUCGCCUUCAAUCCGGACACCUGCCAGAGAAGAUGUGCCCGAUCAUGACGAUAUUGCUGCCAGCGAUGCUGCGGCAAGCGGCUCCAAAGAUCAGCAAACUCCCUCGGGGGCUUUCAAACGCAACAAAAAAAAUCCCUAUGGCGGACCUCGUUUUCUGCUAGUUCCAGGUUACGAAGCCGGGACUGACUAUGUAAUGCCCUCGCCACGCAGCCAGGCAUUCGGCCCGGGAGACGACAAUUUUCUCGCAUCGGGAACGAGGGAUGAAUCUAACGAUGAGCACUUGAAGGACGGCGAAUCACUAGAAUGGCAGGCCGAGACACCCAGCCGAAGAGUCGGUUAUGAAGAUAUGACAGCCAUAGAUUGGAUUUUCGAGUAUUCAAAAGAGAGACAGCGACUGCAGGUUUUACGACACAACGCGAGGGGUAUCUUCGGUUACAUCAGGGAAGUUUUGGAUUCAAGUCAAGUGUGGGUCGUACUGUUAUUGACGGGUGUGGCAGCAGGCUGCCUCGCCGCCGUCAUAGAUGUUGCCAGUGACUGGCUAGGAGAUAUUAAGCUUGGCUACUGUGCCUCGGGCGAAGAUGGAGGUCACUUUUACCUCAACAAGUACUUUUGCUGCUUGGGCUUUGACGGGCUCAGCCAGUGUCGAGAUUGGAUCUCUUGGAAAACAACCUUGGGCGUUACUACGGGAAAUGCUUCGUGGUUAACGGCCUAUUUUAUCUUUACCAUCUCCUCGAUUUUAUGCGCCGUUACGGCGAGCUUUCUAGUUCAAGAGUACGCACUCUACGCUAAACACAGUGGCAUCCCCGAAAUCAAGACAGUUCUCGGUGGAUUCGUCAUUCGAAGAUUCAUGGGUCUCUGGACACUUGUGGUCAAAUCAUUAGGAUUAUGCUUCGCAGUUGCCUCGGGAAUGUGGCUGGGUAAAGAGGGUCCUCUAGUACACGUGGCUUGUUGUUGUGCUAAUACGUUUAUGAAAUUGUAUGGAAAUAUCAAUGACAAUGAAGCGAGAAAACGAGAAAUACUUUCGGCCGCAGCUGCCGCUGGCAUAUCGGCGGCAUUUGGCUCGCCAAUAGGUGGUGUUUUAUUCAGUCUCGAACAACUUUCUUACUACUUUCCCGACAAGACAAUGUGGCAAAGCUUUGUAUGCGCAAUGGCUGCAGCUGUCGCACUGCAAGCUUUUGAUCCGCUUCGAAGCGGUAAAAUUGUGCUAUACCAAGUUACAUACAGUAGCGGGUGGCACGGCUUCGAACUUAUUCCCUUUGCUCUCCUUGGUAUUUUUGGCGGCAUCUACGGGGGACUUUUUAUCAGACUAAACAUGAAGAUUGCGGAGAUAAAGAAAGUAGCUACUUGGUUACCCAGCCCUAUUGCUCAAGUAUCAAUUGUGGCUCUUCUCACCGCUCUAGUUAACUUUCCUAAUGCCUACAUGCGCCUUCAGUCAUCGGAGCUCCUUUAUUACCUCUUUGCCGAAUGUUCAAAGGUAGCUCACGACCCAUUUGAUCUCUGCAAGAUAGGCUCAGCAACUGGUGGAACCGUGUUCCUCUUGAUCAUCGCAGCUUUGCUUGGAUUCUUGCUCGCGUCCAUUACCUUUGGCCUUCAGAUUCCGGCCGGAAUCAUACUGCCAUCCAUGGCUAUUGGGGCGCUCUUUGGCCGGGCUGUCGGUAUUCUGAUGGGAAUUUGGGUAAACACUCAUCCUGGCUACAUUCUAUUCUCUACUUGUGAACCUGAUAUUGCCUGUGUGACUCCUGGUACUUACGCCGUCAUUGGAGCGGCCGCAGCAUUGGGAGGUGUUACCCGGAUGACGGUAUCCAUUGUUGUUAUCAUGUUUGAACUCACCGGCGCCCUCAGCUACGUUCUCCCAAUUAUGAUCGCCGUCAUGCUUAGCAAAUGGGUCGGUGAUGCUUUUGGAAAGCGUGGUAUUUACGAGAGCUGGAUACACUUCAACGAUUACCCCCUCCUGGAUAACAGCGAAGAGACAUAUGUUCCAGAUAUCCCUGUCCGGGAAAUCAUGACUCGCAUCGAAUAUCUUGUAGUCUUGACGGCUACGGGUCAUACCAUCGACUCACUGAGCAAUAUUCUGGCUACAUAUCCGUAUCGCGGGUUUCCUGUAAUUUCUAACGCCAAGAACGCUAUUCUUUUGGGCUACGUCUCUCGCACUGAGCUCGCAUUCAAUUUACAAACAUCGAGACAAAAACCUCGAUUCCUUCCCCCCGAUACUGAAGUCUUUUUCUCACAUCAGCCACAAGCCGAUCCGCAGACGACCCUGGACCUUCGACCAUGGAUGGAUCAAACUCCUUUGACCAUAUCUUCGCAAUCCAGCCUGCAACUCACCGUUACCUAUUUUCAGAAGCUCGGUCUACGCUACGUUCUAUUCUGUGAUAAGGGACAAUUACAAGGCUUGCUGACAAAGAAAGAUGCAUGGUUAGUACUAAAUGGGGCAGAAGAAUGUCUAAAUACGGUGCAAGAUCAUCGACUCAAGGCCACAGCCCGUUCCCCUAGAGAUGGCCAGGCAAUUGAGGAGAGAAGUCUAUUGAGCUAUGAUACACACAGUCCUUUAAUACCAUUGAGUCCUGAGAGUUCAGCUUUUUAA